UGAAACCAAAGAAAAUGAAGAUAAUGAAGAACACGAAGAACGUCCAAAGGAAUAUGACAGCCAACUGAAAUUAAAGCCGGAAAAGGUUUUAAAAGUUGCCUUUGCAAUAUUCCUUUUUAUCAUUGCUUUUGGAAGUGGAUUUAUUGGACGUAUAACAUUGCAUAUCCUUAUAUGGCACAUCAAUCCACCGAUGGAAACUCCAAUCUCAGUUAUAAAUACUCUCGGAGGUCUCCUUGAAACAAACUGUUCCAUAUGCAUUAAUGAAACAUCGUGCACGAGUCAAAGAAAUUCUAGUGCAGUAGACGCAUCAUGGAUAUGGGCUUUGUUUUUAGUUAUAAUUGCGCCAUAUUGCUUCACCUUUAUGUCAACAUUUUUUAAAAUCUGCUUUAAAUCCAAUAAAAAAUUAAACUGGAAAGUGCUUGUUGCAGUGAUUAUAAUUGAAACACUCCAUUCAGUUGGACUCUCUAUAUUGGGAUUUCUUGUGUUACCUGCAUUUGAUCCAGCUUCUGCGUCAGUCGUUUAUCUAUCAACUGGAGUUUUCCCGCCUUUACUUGACCUUUGUGAUAAGAUUGUCAAUGCGAUUGGUAAGAAAGUCCCGAACAAAUCGAAUAAUCAGCAGAAAACCAAUGUUAAAACCCUAGAGCAAGACCACAAUGGAACUACACAAGACAACAGUUCAGAAAACACAAUAGGAUCGCCUGCUAAAAGUUCAUUCUGUAGUGAGACACUAUCAUUCUUAUUGCCAUUCGGUGGAUUUACAAUGCAGAUUGCCGGAAUUAUUUUAAUAGCAAUUUACAUCAAAAUUGGAACCACCAUGGUUUUAUUUGUGCUGUCCGUCCUUUUAGUCUCAACUAAAUACUGGGAAAACUUCAUUUCUAUGGGGGAAAAUGACUCGAUCUUUUUCAGAAAAUUGAAACGAGAACUACAUAUAGGAAGAACUAAAACAUCGUGUAUAGUCAGUUUCUGGAAAAUCCUUAUAUCUUUUUUAGCAGUUAUAACGAUUUUUACUAGUAGAGGUACUGACUCAAUGCUGGCUUUUAGAGCAUUGUUCAAUGGAAGAAUAGCAUCGACAAAUAUCUUCUUUGGAGACCAAACGAUAGGAGUUAAUCCAAAUUGUCAAUCGAAUGUGCCAUUUUUAGCGGCACUUAUUUGUAUUAUAUGUGAAUACCAUUGUUACAAGACAUCAAAAACCGUAUGUGUGAUCAACUGUCAACGAUUCGGCUUUAGUUUUUCAUUGGCUACCAUUCCACCAAUCGUCACUAUUGUUAUAGGAGGCCUGAUGCAUCAUCCUGAUAUUUUAAAAUUAGAUUCAUGUGAUCUACUCUUCUCUGACUGGUGCAUCAAGGACAAUAGUCGUUUAGCUGACAACUGCUUAGAAUUAAUUAUAGCAUUCGUUUUGCUCUACAUUUCCUUUUUGAUCAUAACACGACAUAUUUGGAAAUCAAAUGGACGAAAAAAUGGCGAAACUGCAAGGAUAUUGAUUUCACCCUUUUACUGUGGACUCUUUACUGAUUUAUCCUUGAUACUGAAUCGCAGAAGAGAUGACGACGAAUAUGACAUUGUUCACCGUGAGAAGAAACCUGACGAAACCAAGAAACAUAAAACUCUUUAUGCCUGUUGUGCUACAAUGUGGCAUGAAAAUGCAAUUGAGAUGAAGCAACUAGUUACAUCAUUAUUAAGGUUAGAUCAGCGGCAGGCUAAAAACAAGUUUUUGAAAGAAGAGUUUAAAGAAGACGUUGAGACAUUCGACUUAGAAGCACAUGUAUUUUUUGAUGAUGCAUUUCUACCAACGAAAGGCAAAGACGACACAAAGAAAGUAAUGAAUUCAUAUGUACAAACCUUCAUUCAGGAAUUAAACGAUGCUACCAGGGAGUUUUAUGACAAACAAAUUGAAUUACCAGAAGGUGGUAUGCUUAGAACUCCUUAUGGUUCUAGGAUUGAAUGGAAACUUCCCGGAGAAAAUAAAUUGUUUGUACAUUUGAAAGACAAUACGAAAAUUCGAAACAAGAAGCGUUGGAGUCAGGUGAUGUAUAUGUUGUUCAUUCUAAAAUGGAAAAUUCAACGAAAAUUCAAAGGUAAAAAAAUGGAGAAAAAGGAAAAGAAGAAAGCAAUUCAGGAGGCCGCUGAAAAUACAUUCCUGCUGGCACUUGACGGAGAUGUCGACUUCCAACCAGAGGCUGUUCUAAGUUUAAUGAGACGAAUGGAAAAGAACGAUAAAGUAGGGGCAGCAUGCGGAAGAAUUCAUCCGAUUGGAAAUGGUCCUAUGGUUUGGUAUCAACAGUUUGAAUACGCCAUAAGUCAUUGGCUUCAAAAAGCAACUGAACACGUGAUUGGCUGUGUAUUAUGUAGUCCUGGUUGUUUCAGUUUGUUUCGUGGUUCUGCAAUAUUACAACAUGAAGUUCUUGAGACAUAUACCUCAGUUGCACAAGAGGCAAGGCAUUGUUUGCAGUAUGAUCAGGGCGAAGAUCGGUGGUUAUGCACCUUGCUUCUUCAAAAGGGAUGGAAAAUUGAAUAUUGUGCGGAAUCGGAUUCAUAUACAUUUGCUCCUGAAUCCUUUUAUGAAUUUUACAACCAACGUAGACGCUGGACACCUUCAACUAUGGCCAAUAUUUUAGAAAUAAUUCAAGAUUGGAGAAAUGUUACCAAGAACAACGAAAACAUAUCGUUCCUGUACAUUGUUUAUCAGGUGUUUUUGUUUGCAUCAACCGUUCUCACUCCUGGAACAAUAUUCAUGAUUAUAUUAGGUGCUCUUAUAGUCGGAUUUGAUAGCGUUCCGCCAUGGUUGGCACUUAUUUUAAACCUUAUUCCAGUAGUAGCGUUUAUAUUAAUGUGUCUGUAUACCACAACUGAACGACAGUUGCAAAUGGCAGCCAUUUUGUCUUGCAUAUACGUUAUUGUAAUGGUUGUUGUUAUGAUCGGAGUUGUGCGAGACGCCAUAGUUGAGGGGUUAUGCUCAACGACCACUAUAUUCAUAAUGUUUGUUGCUGGAGUGUUUGUAAUUUCCGCUUUUCUUCAUCCUAAGGAGAUACUCUGCUUACUCCCGGGAAUACUAUAUUUUCUGGCAAUACCUUCAAUGUCUAUGUUGAUGUUUUUAUAUUCAAUUGGUAAUCUUCAUGUCACAUCAUGGGGUACAAGAGAUACCAACACAAAAAAGGAGUCCGACAAAAAGAUAUCAACUGAGAAGAUAAAUAAUAGAGAGGCCAAUGAAUAUCUGUGUUCCAUUGGAAAAUUUGUUUGUUGUGCAAUGUCAAAAGAUCAAACCACAGAAACACAUUCGAAUAAAGACCAAGAUAAAAUAUUUUUGCCAUUUAUUCUUUCUAAGAAGUAA